AAAAGUAAAACUUAAGUAUGAAAAUAAUAAGUUAUGUACUGCUUGUUAUAAUGCACGACGAUUCUUGAAUAGUAAUAGCGGAAAUCAAGAUAUUGACAAUUUAAUUAAGGCAACACAUAAUAAACAACUUAAAUAUAGAUUAGAGUGGAUCCCAUUCAAGGACUUUGUAGACAUAAAGCAAAUUGGAACAGGUGGUUUUAGUGAAGUUUAUACUGCUACAUGGACAAAAGGGACACUAAAAAAAGUUAAACGGAAUAAAAAUACGACAGUUGUGCUAAAAGUUCUCAAAGAUUCCUCUAACAUUAAUUCUGCAUUUUUAAAAGAG